AUGGGCAUUGGGAACGCUCAGAGGGAUAAGGUGCUUACUCCUUAUAUUGUGUCGUUGCUAGCGAAUCCUCCAGUGUUAAAGCCGGAGGAUUUGUCGCAGGUUAUCCGGUUAAUUUUCCAAGGUUUGGCAUCAGAGAUCCAAAUAGCUUCGUUUUUAUCAGUAUUGAGAAUGAGAGGUUUGGACCAGGAAUCUGACUAUAUUGCAGCAGCUGUUGACGCGGUAUUGGAAUUUUCUGAGACCAUAAAAGGGCAUUUAGUUGACGAGCGGGGAUAUAUAGAUAUUGUUGGUACGGGAGGGGAUGGACAGAAUACAUUUAAUGUCUCGACAUCUUCAGCUAUAGUUGCCGCGGGAAUCGGGUUACCCGUUUGUAAGCAUGGGGGCAAAGCAAGCACAUCCACACUGGGCUCGGGGGAUUUGUUGAAAUCCUUGGGCGUUGAUUUGGCAAAAAUUAAUGUGGUGACAUUACCUGAAAUUGUCAAAAAAUCAAAGUUUUGUUUUCUAUUUGCUCCCUCAUUCCACCCUGGCAUGGGCAUAGUGAGUAAUGUUAGAGCUCAGUUAGGUAUACCUACGAUUUUCAACAUUUUGGGUCCAUUGAUCAACCCGAUACCUAUUCAAUCAAGAAUUCUCGGUGUUUACAGUGAAAAAUUGGGUGAGAGUUAUGCGAAAACAGCAUCAAUAUUGGCCAAGAAAAGCCAUAUACAUAAACGUACAAUGGUUGUGUUUGGAGAAUGUGUCUUGGACGAAGUUGCCCCGUUUGGGUAUACCAAAAUUUGGAUUGUUGAGAAAAAUGGAGAUAUUAUAAGAGAUCGUAUAUCGCCGAAAGAUUUCGGUUUACCUGAGCAUGGUAUAGAUACUGUAAAGUCAGGCACACCCGAUGAGAAUGCAGCCAUCUUGAAUCAUAUUUUAAACCAAGAUAAAGAGGAGUUUAAGAUUAUCGAAGGUCGUCCCAAUCACCCUCUAGUUGAUUAUAUAUUGUUGAAUACGGCGGCGCUCGCUUAUAUUGCCGGACUUGCACAAGAUUGGGUUGGCGGAGUAAAACUCGCAAGAGACGCAAUAAAAUCUGGCGAAGCUCUGAAAGCUUUACAGCAUUUGAAAAAUGCUAUUGCAGAGUAA